AAGUGAUUUUUGCACACAGUUUGUGUUAAAGCUAUUAUUUUAAAUUUUAUUAUCAUAUUAGCAAAUCAAGACAGACUAAAGUUGGUAUAAAGCCACAAACACAUACGCAUAAAAUGACUGAACAUGACUGUGAUCUGACGACCUCACCAAAGUCCAACUCCUCCAAUACCUCCAGCAACAGCAGCGGCGACAGCUGCUCUCGAUCAACUUCGGAUUCUAGCGACGAAUUGCUUUCAACCAGUUUUCGUUCACGUUCCCCUUCACCAUUAGACGAUCAUGUAGAUAAAGGCUGCGUGAAUCUUUUAACAGAUAAAACAUUUCACAACGAAAUCUGUGCACUUGCUGCGAAACGCAAUGCAAAUUCGGACAAUAGCAGACAAGAAUGCGUUUUAGAUGAUAAGAAUCGUAUUAUAAGUGUAGGCAAUAAUGAACUGUUAACAGAUCACGAAUUCCUCAUGGAAAUUGCACUCUUGGCCACCACACGCAGUGAUGAUCCUAAAACGAAAGUGGGCGCUUGCAUUGUGGAUCGUAAAAAUCGUAUUAUUGGCAUUGGUUACAAUCACUUCCCACCCAACUACACGAGCGAACCGUACCCGUGGGGCAAGGAUAAAUGGAAUCACUUGAAUAAUAAACUCACCUAUGUUAUACACGCUGAAUCAGAUGCCAUAUUCUCUGCACAAUCGGUAGACUUACGCGGCGCCACUAUAUAUUCCACAUUGAUGCCUUGCAAUGAGUGCGCCAAACUUAUCAUACAGUCGGGUAUACGUAACGUUUUCUAUUUGAAUUCAAAAUUAUUUGAGAAGUGGAUAUAUAAGGCAUCACGCCGCAUGUUGCAUGCUGCCCGUGUCACAUUGCAGAAAUUAGAGUAGUGCACAGCAGCAAUUUUGUACAUAUUGCUGUAUUUGAGAGUUCGAAAUUGUUACUUAAUGUUUUUAUUGUCAAAUUAGUUC